AUGACCAAGCUACCCUUGCCCACGCAUUACGAGCCUCCCAAAACUUCUCAAAGCCGCGGUCAGUUCCGCGGCCCCACCCCCAAGUCGUCAUUCCCUUGCUACUCCCUGCUGCACAGGGACACAGACGAUGCGCAGCCGACGACCGAAGUAGACCCGCACCUUUGGAUCGUCAACCUCGACUCGGUUCUCUCACCCCUUGCACUCCUGCUCACCCUCGCAGUCACCCUCACCCUCACCGGCGCAGGCACAGGCACAGGCACAGGGACCAAGCACAUGGCCGUGGCGUGA